AUGAUGAAAGCGAACGCACCGAAGCGUAGGAAAUUAUCCACCAUCUCCAGCAGGACGGUUGCCACCGUGCACGCACGAGACGAACUUCCCCAAACACGUGGCAACCUGCGGGAGCGGUAUCGCUUCAUGGAGGAACUGUUCCAGCUGUUCGGCAGCAUUACCGCCCACUGUUACCGGCAGCUCGCCCAAAAGGAUCGUACCGUCUGGGAGCGUUUGUUUUGGCUGCUAAUGCUUAUCCUGGAGGCGGCCACGCUCGUGGCGAUCAUCAUAUCUGCCUGGGGGAAAUUCACCGCCAAUCCACUGAUCACGACACUGCACGACACGAUCUACCCGAUCGAGCUGGUACCCUUUCCGGCGAUCUCGCUCUGCAACAACAACCGCAUCUCACGCACGGCCGCGCUCCGUUACGCCCGUCUGCUGGCGGAAAAGGACACGGCCGACCGUCGGAAUGUGAGCUACUAUCUCGACCAGAUCGUGCUGCUCGGCAAGCUGUACGACUUUGACUAUGAGAAUUUGCACCAGAUGACCAAGUUCCAGGAGUAUCUCGAUUUGCACGACGUAAGCAACGGCACCGGGAUGUACAAUGCGCUGGAAACGCUUGCCAAGUUAUCGCCCCGCUGCGAGGAUAUGCUGUUGCGUUGCUUUUGGAAAAGUAUCGAACUACCGUGCAUGCUGCGGAACGAUAUGAUCGAGGUGCGCCGCACACAGUACGGAUUUUGCUGCACGUUCAACUUUAUCGGACACAACGAAGAUAGCGAAAUUCAUCCGCCGUCGUACUUUUUGGACGUAACUGGACCGGAAAUGGGAUUGGUGCUUCUGCUGAAUGGAUCCUCUAAUGACUAUUUCUACAACUUGUUCAACAACAUUGGCUUCAACGUACGGGUCUUCCCUUUCCUUAGCAUUCUUCAAAUUUUCAACCCCAACGAGGUCCCGGACAGUACCGCCGGCGGGGUAAACGAGCAAUUCGUCCACCUCGGUACGGAAACGUUCAUACGAAUCGAUGCCAUCACCAUCAACAGUGAGCCGGAUGUGCUGCGCUACUCGAGACAGAAGCGCCAGUGCGUGUUUCGUAGCGAGCUGCUAAAGUACGGUGCCAACUAUGGCCGCAGUAACUGCGUGGCCGCCUGUCGGCUCCGUAGCGUGAUGGCACUGUGCGAGUGUGUGCCGUUCUACAUGCCGACGGCUGGAGCAUCGGCCAGCAGCAAAUCCAUAACGACCUGCAAUCUCCAGCAUAUCGCUUGUCUGAACAAGUACAAGAUCAAGUGGUCAACCGUGAUAACGGACAUCGUGCGGAUACCGGGCCUGGAGAAGGAGAUGGAGGAAUCGCUCUACUGUCCGGAAUGUUUGCCCUCGUGCUCGGCCAGCAAGUAUCAGAUCACCGCCUCGGAGCUGCCGCUGAUACGUUCCCGCCGCGAUGGGUUCAGCAUAACGGCCGGCAUCGACCGGGUGGAAGACGUCGCGGUGGUGCGGAUAUUCUUCGGCCAGCCGGAAACGUGGAUGUACAAGCAGGAUGUGGCCUACUACUGGUUCGAGAUAUUUAGCAACUUCGGUGGGAUGUUCGGCAUCAUGGCCGGCAUGUCACUGAUAACCCUAAUGGAGGUUGUUUACUUUGUCGGCCGGCAGCUGGUGCUGGUUUUUGCGACCCGCUCCUGGAGUGCCCGGCUCCGUGCCCGCAAACCGACGACACUGGAGCUGCUGCAAUGA